GUAAGGGAACCAUCCUCGCUCCAGAGGCGUACACGCGCAAGAUCCUCCGCGAUUCUCUGACGCAUACGCGGAGACGGGCACGGGAGAAGGGAGUGCCUUCUUUGAGCGCGAGCCAAUUGUACGGAACGGCACAAAGUGAGCGAGGACGUACACGGCUAGACUGCAUCGAGAACGGAUCUAACAUGUGGAGCCUGUCGGUCAUCGUUCUAUGUUGCGUCUUCGUCGCUGCGACUGCUCAAAGCAGCCUCUACCCGUCUCUGGAAGGCGUGACUGAGGCGACCCCUGCGCCGGGACUGUACGCCGCCGUGGUCAACUACCUGUUCGACCAGGUGCUCAAGGCGGUCAGCCAGUCAGGUACCAUCGACCCGCUCACGGUGCCCAACACCACGCGGCGCUUCGAAACCAAGUUCAUCGUCAAGGUGCAGGCUGAGGCAGGACUCUACUCGGGACGCCUCACCGGCCUGUCAACCAUGCACAGGACCGGCGACUGUCGCGUGAACGUGGGCAGCGGUGGCAUCGAGAUGCGCGUGGACCUUGGCGCCGGGCCCGUGCGCGCCACCUACCGGGGAGCGAUUAAGCUCAUGUCAUUCAGCCAGGACGUCACCAUCGAGUGCGACGUCAACAACAUGCAGAUCAUCGUCGAAGCCAUACAGGCGCCCAACGCCAAGCCCGAGCUGCGGCGGUUCUCGGUGCAGAAGCUGCAAGGGGUGCGCGUGGCGAUCCAGGGCCUCGGGGCGCUGAGCGGCGUGGCCAACGCACUCUCCGUGGUACUGACUACCGUCUUCGAGGAGGAGAUCCGGCGAGCCGUCGAGGACAGCGUGCGGAAACUCUUCUCCGAGAAGCUGGCCGAACUCGGGGGCACAAUACCCGCUGCCCUGGUCGCACUGGGAUAGCCCAGGCACGCGACUCUCACUAGCGACGGUGCAAACGGGUGCUUUCCGACGUUUAAAGACUGCGCGCUGCGCGUGCUGAAUACUCAUCGAAAAGCGGUUCAGAUCUUCUAGAAAAUGAACGCGCUAUAAAUCAAAAGAGACCUACCGUUCCUAGCUAGGUUUAAGGCGAACUCGCAGAAUACACAGCGCACGAGGAAUAAAGCACGCGCUUCCA